CAACAGCUGCCGGACGCCGGGCUCUGCAUGCAGGACAGCGACUGCGCCAAAGGGAAAUACAGCCGCCAGGGACAAGGGCUCAUGACGGGCAAGUGUGUGCAUUUCAACAGCUCUGUGAAGACCUGCGAGAUCUUUGGCUGGUGCCCCGUUGAAGUUGAUUACCAUGUUCCCAGCCCUGCCCUGUUGUCAGAAGCAGAGAAGUUCACCUUGUUCAUCAAGAACAGCAUCACCUUCCCCAGGUUCAAGGUGUCCAGGCGCAACUUGGUUGAGAGCGUUACCAAAGAGUACCUGAAGAAAUGCACCUAUCACAAAGUCACCGAUUCCUUAUGCCCCGUGUUUGAGCUGGGAUACGUAGUGAAGGAAUCGGGUCAGAAUUUUACCUUCCUGGCUGUUAAGGGUGGAGUGGUGGGCAUCACCAUCGACUGGAACUGUGACCUCGACUGGCCCAUCCGGUACUGCAAACCCAUCUACCAGUUCCAUGGACUUUACAACGAUGACAGUAACGUCUCACCGGGCUUCAACUUCAGAUACGCAAAAUACUACAAAGAAAAUGGGAUGGACAAGAGGACGCUCUACAAAGUGUUUGGGAUCCGGUUCGACAUUUUGGUGAAUGGCAAGGCAGGCAAAUUUGACAUCAUCCCCACCAUGACCACAAUCGGCUCCGGAAUUGGUAUUUUUGGAGUGGCCUCUGUCCUCUGCGACCUGCUCCUGCUGCAUUUUCUCCAAGGACGGGACUAUUACAAGCAGAAGAAAUUCAAAUACGCGGAACCGGAGCCUUCAAAGUCGCACAAGAAGGCGAAGGAGCUGGACAACUCGCAGUGA